AUAGGAUGGACAGAUCUAUGAAAGAAAGGAGACAAUUGAAAAAACUGUAUCGGAUGAUACUAUCCCCAUAAAUAUGAGUGGGAUGCGAUGGACUAUCUGCUGCUGAGGGGUAGCUUUUGUUUCCUUGCCGUUGUACUGCACAGAGUCAGGAGCGGCGCUGUCGCUCCAUUGGCACACUCAGUCGCUGUCAUUCAUCACCAUCGACCAUUGAUACCCUUGGGUGUUUUUGUCCAUGGUCAUUGUGAUAGUGCUUGAGGAUUAUUAAUAACACAAAACAAGUGUGGUGAAGCGAGGUUCUAAAUGCGUCUGGAAUCGAUAUGUAGCGCCCUCUUUUCUUUCGGUCUUGUUCUUUCUUGGGGACAGAUGGGCAUUCUCUCUUUA